CGUUGUUCAGCAGUUUAUCAAAAAAGUGCUUAUAUAUAUUGUUUAAACAAUUAGUUUAAAAAGGUUUGUUUAAAACAAACAAAUAAAUUUACAAAAUGAGCGGAGUUGGAGGAAAUACAUCGCGUCUUGUUGGCACAGCAAGAUAUGUUACAAUUAAUCAAUCACAAUGUCUACGUAGAUCCAUGUCAAACUUGGCAAAUCAAUCAAAUAAUAUUACCAGAAAUUCAGCUACACAAGUUAAAUCAAAUGAUCUUUCUAGUUGUCAAUAUGCAGGAAAACAACAAGAUACUCAAGCUAAAAUAGCAUCAGCUAAAUAUUGGAACAUUAUGAGUACUGCUGCAAACAAAAUAUCAUCAAUAGCUAAAAAUUUAAAAACUAAAAUUACUGGUGACAAAGAAAAACCAUUAAUAGCAAAAGUUGGUAAUUUUAAUUUAUCACUCUAUGGUGGUACUGUUACAUUAAAAGCAUAUGGAAUUUAUAAUACAUACUAUUGGAAUGCCCCACUUAACAUUGAAGGCAACAAAGAAUUGAUGGAAAAAUUACAAAAUACAAUUGCUGUUAAAAAAGAAGUAAAAGCUGGUAAAUUUAAUUUAUCAUUUGAUAAAGAUGAAUUAACAUUAAAAGUACGAGGAAGCCCUCAUAGUUUUAUUUUCAAUCACAAACUUGACAUUACUGAAAAAUCGGCUAAAAGUUUACAGGAUAAAAUUUUAGCUGAUUAUGGAACUCCAAGAGAUGUGAGUAAAUUUUUUUCACAAGAUAAUCAUUUUAUUGUAUCGGCUUAUGAUACGAAAAUCACAAUAAAAACACAAGAAGGUGAAAAAACUGUAUUUCCUAAGCUUCCAAAUGAAACGGAACGUUCAAGCGAAGCGGUAGAUACAAAUGGUCUUCCUAUUGAAGAAUAUAUCCAAGAAAAUCAAGUAGGAAUGAAAACAAAAGAAAAUGAUAAUACUUUUGUUUUGAAGCACACAAUUAACAUUAAAAUAAAAAAUGAAGAACCGGUUGAAAGCUCGAAUAAUGCUAUUGAAAAUUUUCUAAAAAUUUUCAGAGGAAAUGAUAAAUUUGAAAUAAUUAUUAACAGCGGCGAGGGAAUACUAAACACACAAGAAAAUGAUGAAAGUGUCAAUUUUGACAAUUCACUUCGCCUUGUAGUUGAAAUGAAUAGUCAAGUAUUACAUGCUAAUUUUCACUUGGGCUUCAUUUGUACCGUUCCUUAUGUUUAG